AUGGACAGAGCUAGUCAGGUAUUGGCACAAGGCGUGCCACCUGGCGUGCCUACAUCAUACCGUGCUCUUGCAGAUCAUCAUAGCAAUGUCUCCCACUCUACUCUCCAUCAUCGUGCUCGCAGACGACCGUCGAGGGAAGAGAAGGCCCAAGGCCAACAGUACCUCAAACCGUACGAAGAAGAGGUUAUCGUUAAGUAUCUACUUAAAAUGUCUAACCUUGGAUAUCCUAUACAAAUAAAGUUUAUCCCUUCACUAGCCUAUAGCGUCACCCGCCAUCGACCUACCACCGAAAGGCCUCGUAGAGCUCCUGGUCAUAACUGGGCAAAGGUUCUAGAAAAACGGCAUCCAAUACUACUAGCACGGAGAUUCAAGGCGUUAGACUGGAAUCGUUACGAGAAGAACAUACAUAGGAAGGUCACACACUGGUUUGAGGUAAUAAAAGAUGUAUUACAAGAUCCGGCUGUCCUGGCUGAGAAUGUGUAUAACAUGGAUGAGACCGGAGUGAUGCUGUCCAUGCUAGGCUCUGUCAAAGUCCUUGUAAGUAAGUAUGACGAGCGAGACUAUAGAGGUGCGCGAGUCAAGCGCACAACCGUGACUGCAAUCGAAUACAUUAGUGGUAAUGGUAGGUAUUUGAACCCGAUGAUAAUCUGGCCAGCGAGUACCCAUCGAAGCAACUGGGCCACGUUCCCUACCCCUGGAUGGCAGUAUGCGUACUCCGACUCUGGAUAUACCGACUCUAAGAUCAGCUUAGAGUGGCUCAAGCGUAUAUUUGAUCCCGAAACCAAGGAACGAGCUAAUAAGAAACUACGCGUCUUAAUCUGCGACGGCUUUCGAACGCACGAGACCCUCGAAAUCUUAGAGUUCUGUUUCGAGAACAAAAUUCUUCUUUGUCGUCUCCCUUCUUAUACCUCUCACAAGCUCUAGCCUUGUGAUGUAGCAGCGUUUGCUCCACUAAAGGCAGCUUAUCGCGACCAGGUUGAUCGACUUGAGCAAGGAGGUAUAAAUACGAUUGGCAAGGAGCACUUCACCUCUCUGUAUAGCCCCACGAGGAAACUAGCAUUCACGCUAAAGAAUAUUAAGGCCGGCUUCGCUGUAAGCGGUCUGUUCCCUUUUAAUCCAGAGAGGGGGCUUAGAAGUAUGCCUGCCCCCCCAGCUAUUCUAAGACCCGAUGAGGUAAAGGUAGCAUCUUGUUAGCAAGACGUAGAACCGCAAACACCUGUAACACCAGUGUCAGUAGAGGCUUUUAUGUUACUACAGAACCUGAUCAUUCAACGGGAUGCUCAUACGCUUGAAGAAACGAGCAAACAGAACCUAGCUAGACAUUUACAGAAAUGUACUAAAGCUUUCUAGAAAUCCUCUGCUUAGAGUAUCCUCUAAGAGGACCGAAUUCAGCUCCUAACUACUAUUAACAACGAAGCCAAGGUUCGACGAUCGACGAAGUUAUUAGUGCUAGGAAGGGCGAAGGUUAUAAGCUAUGAGGAUCUUGAGGAAGCACGAGCGAAGCGUGCUGAAAAAGAUGCUGCCAAAGAAGCCAAACAAAAUAAAGGUAAGGCUAAGGGCAAACGUGGUCAGAAGUGCAAAAAUGCUACGCCUAAGGCGGAUGAAGUAGAGGUAGAUAAAGCAGAGGCAGAUGAAUCGAACGCGGUUAAGACAAAACGUGGUCGGAAACGUAAUAGUGCUAUACUAGAGGUAGAUACGCUAGAACCGAAGGUUAAGGUAGCGCGAAUAAGCAACGCACCAGAGUUAGCGAGAGGCUUAGUAGCGCCGGCGCAAAUGAGUGUAAUACAAGUUACGCUAGAUUCAUUGAGAGCCCCUAUGGCGCGGAUGUGGUAGUAGAGGAUGUAGAAGAUAAGAUUGCUAUACUAGGCAGGCCGCGGAAGUGUUUUUAGAUAAUAUAUGCUAUUGUAUUAUUUGGAAAGUAGUUAACUAGCAUUUGGUGAUAGCGGAAUUAACUUAUAGUAGAAAGGGCUAUGUUAUGUUCGAUUUUUACAACUUUUUCACUUUGUUUAUAUAACUCGAGAAGAUAGAGUAGAACAUAUCGCUCUUUAUGCCUCGCAACUACGAAUUGUGGUUUUCUCUUAGCUUAUUCCUUGCCUAAUUCAGGGCCCUUUAAAGCACUAUAAAACGAUGCAAGAGCAGCAUCUAACAUAUUCCCUAUAUAUACCUCCGCGUUCAUAAUGUUCGUCCUAUUAAACUUAUAACCGACAAUAGUUGAAUUCCCCGCAUUUCCCAUCGUUACACGUUCUAGAGGUAGAUACGCUAGAACCGAAGGUUAAGGUAGCGCGAAUAAGCAACGCACCAGAGUUAGCGAGAGGCUUAGUAGCGCCGGCGCAAAUGAGUGUAAUACAAGUUACGCUAGAUUCAUUGAGAGCCCCUAUGGCGCGGAUGUGGUAGUAGAGGAUGUAGAAGAUAAGAUUGCUAUACUAGGCAGGCCGCGGAAGUGUUUUUAGAUAAUAUAUGCUAUUGUAUUAUUUGGAAAGUAGUUAACUAGCAUUUGGUGAUAGCGGAAUUAACUUAUAGUAGAAAGGGCUAUGUUAUGUUCGAUUUUUACAACUUUUUCACUUUGUUUAUAUAACUCGAGAAGAUAGAGUAGAACAUAUCGCUCUUUAUGCCUCGCAACUACGAAUUGUGGUUUUCUCUUAGCUUAUUCCUUGCCUAAUUCAGGGCCCUUUAAAGCACUAUAAAACGAUGCAAGAGCAGCAUCUAACAUAUUCCCUAUAUAUACCUCCGCGUUCAUAAUGUUCGUCCUAUUAAACUUAUAACCGACAAUAGUUGAAUUCCCCGCAUUUCCCAUCGUUACACGUGCCCUUUCGCCAAUAAUAGUGUUAAUAAACAGGUGGCCCGAGCUAGCAGAUCCAGUACUUUGAUUUUCCUCUAUCGCCUCUACAAGUAACUUCAAGCUGUCUUCGUCGUCAAUUUCCUUAAUCACCGACGCUAGCUUCUUCUGCUUCUCGAGGACGUUCAAGUUCUCGCUAAUCUUCUCGAGCCUGUCAAUGUUGAAACUGACAACUUGGAUUAGGGUAUCGAACUUCUUCUUGUCGUGUACCGCCCACUAUGUCUUAUUUAUAAUAGACAUCUCUUUCUGCCGGCGGCGCUGAACGAUGUGAAAGGCAUCCAUGAUUUGGUUGAGCGCUCGAGACUCGUGAAUAUCCAUGGCAGUGCUACUGCUUUCCGGCGUUGCCUUUAGACUGUAUCGUUUCUCUAGCGCUGAGACGUCUGUGAAGGCGUCUUUGAUGGACACAAGGGCCUCUCCGACAGCGCCACCGAUUUGAGGCCACUUCUCGCGAAGCGCGGGGAGCUCGUACCCGUUGUUCUGAGCUCUUACAAUUUCACCCUAGAUAUUAAGGCGCUGUUUGAGGAGGGACAUUUGCGUGAGCGAGACUUCUAGGUCUCUGCCGUGAUUACGUGCUAAGGUGAUACAGUCGAGGCAGUCGACGCAGGUCGUGAAGAGGCUUGCGAGGCCAAUCCCGCCGAUUGUUAGACUUGCUAUUUCGGCCAUAUCUUAUAUUCAGUUAAAGUGUGAAGUGUAGGAAUUUUUUUAAUAGAGUGUAUAGUGGUCAGCAGUGCUAGGUUGUAGAAGAUAACAGACGCAAGUAUCCUUGGACGCCCUUAUACAGCCCCCAAACCCCGUAUAUAGUACUGUGUAAGAUAGGUCGUCAGCUAGAUCGUAUCGACCUGAUCAAUGGAUGACCUAUAACAAUCGUAACUAUACAAUUGUUAGCUUAGAAACUAACUUUAGAAACGCGACUAUGGCAGCGAAGCGAAGAGAAGAAAUGUACGGACGAGAGCCGUAGCUAAGCGGGCGUCAAUCCUCGGGUGGCAAUGAAUACCACGGCAAUCACAUCCUCGGCGGACAAGUAUAUAUAGGAAACGCGAAUCAUACACAUACGGGAGUCGAGAAUCAUACACAUACGGGAGCCGAGAAUCAUUACUACAGCGGUUCGUCCUUCGUAAUGCCAACAGAGGACUACUAGAAAAGUAAUCAAUUGCCUAGGUAUAGAAGACCCGCUUAGCCUUCUACCGAACGCUGCCGACGCGCCUUUCAACUCAGUCAAACAACAAAAUAAACUCCUCUGCCUUCCUAACACUCGAGUUAACCUACUACAAGAGAUAUACGACUGGGCUAAUAGACAAGAUGAGCGGUAUAUAUUCUGGCUUAAUGGUUUGGCUAGCACGGGGAAAUCGACCAUUGCGCGUACUAUUGCCCGGAGAUACUUUAAGAAAGAGCGCCUUGGGGCUAGCUUCUUCUUCUCGAGAGGUGGCGGAGAUGGGGCCAUGCUAGCAAGUUCUUUAAAAGCAUUGCCGUGCAGCUUGCAAAUCAUAUACCGUCUCUUCGACAAUACAUUUAAUAGUACGAUUUCUAAGCGUAAAGAUAUUGCUGGUCAGUCCUUCCGCGAUCAAUGGAACCAGCUUGUCCUCCGCCCACUGUCAAUGCUAGGCAGUGGCUCGUCCUUAUCCUCUUAUGUGUUAAUAGUCGAUGCCUUAGACGAGUGCGAUAAUGAGCAGCAUAUCCGGAUGAUUGUGCAAUUCUUAGCUGAAGCUCGAUCAUUAUCGACGGUGCAACUUCGGGUUUUUUUGACGAGCAGGCCUGAAAUUCCCAUACGUCACGGAAUACGCGAUAUCCCACAAGCUGAACACUAGGACUUGUACUCUACAAUAUACAGCCAUCGAUUGUCGAUCAUAAUAUCUCUUUAUUCCUAGAAGACACUCUAGGGAGAAUCAGGCAAGACUGGAAUCUUGGAGCUGACUAGCCCGGCGGAGAAGUUCUAAGACAGCUGGUUGUCUAUGCUAGUGGACUCUUCAUCUGGGCGGCAACGGCAUGUCUGUUCAUCCGUGAAGGAAAGCGAUUCGCACGCAAGAGACUAGAUACAAUUCUCCAAAGUAGCAGCAGCAGUAUUACCACACCAGAGAAGCAUCUCAAUAAACUCUACCUUGCUGUCCUUACGCACUCGAUCUCCUUGGAUUUUUCGGACGAAGAGAAAGAAGAGGCAUGCGAUAUGCUAAAGCACAUACUUAGAAGUACAGUAGUGUUGUUAUUACCUCUCUCUACCUCUGCAUUAAGCAGGCUAUUACAAGUUUCUAGGGAAUAUGUCGAUUCGACAUUCAACGACCCUCAUACAAUCCUUGAUAUUCCAGACGACCCGACUCGCCAGCUUCGCCUACACCACCCUUCGUUUCGCGACUUCAUUGUUAACAAAGAUCGAUGUGGGAAUUUCUGGGUAGAUAAGAAGCAAGCACAGGGUACAUUAGCUACUUGCUGUAUAGAGCUGAUGAUGUCUAAGACACUCAAGAAAGAUAUAUGUGAAUUGCAUGCUCCUGGGUAUCAAGUCACUCAAGUCGAGAGUGGUCGUCUACAGCAAUGCCUUCCACCCGAAGUAAAAUACGCAUGCCUCUACUGGGUCCAGCAUCUGCAGAGGAGUGGCUCUCUGGCUUACAAUAGCGAUGAAGCCCACCGGUUUCUGCAAGAGCACCUACUGCACUGGCUUGAGGCGCUUGGGUGGAUGGGCAGGACCUCCGAAGGGAUUCAAGCAAUUUUGUCCUUAGAAGCGCUUAUUUCGGUAAGCAUUCUCUAUAAUAUAAAAAGUUAUCUAAGUUAAUUAAACAUUACUUAGGCAAAUGAAAGUUCUAGUUUACACUCGUUUAUUCAUGAUACCAAACGAUUUGUCCUAUAUAACCAGUCGGUGAUUGAAAAAGCACUCCUUCAACUAUACUGUUCAGCUAUCAUGUUUGCCCUAGAGAAUAGUAUAGUUAAGAGACAGUUCAAGAAAGAGAUGCUACCAUUGAUUCAAAUGAAGUCAAAAGUGCGAUCAGGUUGGAGCGCGACAUUGCAGACGCUCGAGGGCCACUCCAGGCCCGUCAACUCCGUGGCCUUCUCACCACAUAGCAUUAUAGUGUUAGAUAACUGGGUAACAAAGGACAAGAAACCCGUCCUUUGGCUUCCUCCAGAUUAUCGUCCAACAUCUAUAGCUGUGUAG